GUGGAGCGGAGGAGUCUUCGUUCUCGGAUUGAAAUUGUAGUUCAAUUUACUUUACUUUUAGAUUCGACAUUAUUGUUGCAGCGCAGAUGAUGGCAUGUCAUCGAGGAUUGAGCAGCAGUGACACUCCUGCGAACGCUCUCCACACAACUUUUUCUUGUGAUUUAUUUCACAAAUUUCAAAUUUCUGUGAAACAGAUUUGGUUUCCAACGAUCACCUUGAAAAUCCAAUCCAAAUAAUGUGGUCUCUCUCGCUCUUCUCCCCAAUUUGAUCCCACCCCUUUUGUCCUUUCCCUCGAUUCUGUCACGGUCGUCCCUCAUCCCCCUCUUGUGCUAUAUCUCUUAUUUGUUUUCCUCCUGGGCAUUUCGAGACCUCAAUUUCUCUCUCUCUCUCCCCUUCUCCUCGUUAUCCUCAACCCCUUUUGAUUUUCUUUCAUUCAUCCAUUUUCAUUGGCAGAUAAGGCCAUCGGCCGAGAUUAAGUAGUCUGUUGGAAAGAUGGAGAUUACUAAUGUCAGCGAAUAUGAGGCCAUUGCAAAGGAGAAGUUGCCGAAGAUGGUUUAUGACUACUAUGCAUCAGGUGCAGAGGACCAGUGGACUCUGAAGGAGAACCGAAAUGCAUUUUCCAGGAUUUUGUUCCGACCUCGUAUUCUUAUUGAUGUGAGUAAGAUAGACCUGUCAACAACUGUGUUGGGGUUCAAAAUCUCAAUGCCCAUUAUGAUUGCUCCAACUGCUAUGCAAAAGAUGGCUCAUCCUGAAGGGGAGUAUGCAACCGCCAGAGCAGCAUCUGCCGCAGGCACAAUCAUGACCCUUUCCUCAUGGGCUACUUCCAGUGUGGAAGAAGUUGCUUCUACUGGACCCGGCAUUCGAUUCUUCCAGCUAUAUGUGUACAAAGACAGAAAUGUGGUGGAACAACUUGUGAGAAGAGCUGAAAGGGCUGGUUUCAAAGCCAUUGCUCUGACUGUGGACACUCCAAGGCUUGGUCGCAGGGAAGCUGAUAUCAAGAACAGAUUUACUUUGCCACCAUUUUUGACAUUGAAGAACUUUGAGGGAUUGAAUCUUGGUAAAAUGGACAAAGCAGAUGACUCUGGACUGGCUUCAUAUGUCGCAGGGCAGAUCGACCGUACUCUCAGUUGGCAGGAUGUGAAGUGGCUCCAGACCAUCACCAAGUUGCCAAUUCUUGUGAAGGGUGUAAUUACUGCUGAGGACACAAGGAUUGCGAUACAAAAUGGAGCUGCUGGAGUAAUUGUUUCAAAUCAUGGAGCUCGCCAACUUGACUAUGUCCCUGCAACCAUUAUGGCUUUGGAAGAGGUUGUUAAAGCUGCUCGAGGUGAAGUUCCUGUUUUCCUGGAUGGUGGUGUUCGGCGUGGAACCGAUGUUUUCAAAGCAUUAGCUCUUGGAGCAUCUGGCAUAUUUAUUGGGAGGCCAGUGGUGUUCUCUUUGGCAGCAGAGGGUGAGGCAGGUGUGAGGAAAGUGCUUCAGAUGCUGCGGGAUGAGUUUGAGCUGACCAUGGCAUUGAGCGGCUGCCGCUCACUCCGGGAGAUCACCCGCAACCACAUUGUGACAGACUGGGACACUCCCCGUAUCGCGCCAAGGUUAUGA